AUGGACCUUCUCACACCAUUUAUAAUAAUAACAACACACUGUAUGGACCUUCUCUCACCAUCUAUAAUAAUAACACACUGUAUAGACCUUCUCUCACCAUCUAAAAUAAUAACACACUGUAUGGACCUUCUCACACCAUCUAUAAUAAUAACACACUGUAUGGACCUUCUCACACCAUCUAUAAUAAUAACAAACUGUAUGGACCCUCUCACACACCUUACACCAUCUGUAAUAAUAACACACUGCAUGGACCACCUUACACCAUCUGUAAUAAUAACACACUGUAUGGACCUUCUCUCACCAUCUGUAAUAAUAACACUGUAUGGACCUUCUCACACCAUCUGUGAUGAUAACACACUGUAUGGACCUUCUCUCACCAUCUGUAAUAAUAGUAACACACUGUAUGGACCUUCUCACACCAUCUGUAAUAACACACUGUAUGAACCUUCUCACACCAUCUGUAAUAAUAACACACUGUAUGGACCUUCUCACACCAUCUGUAAUAAUAACAACACACUGUAUGGACCUUCUCACACCAUCUGUAAUAAUAACACACUGUAUGAAUCUUCUCACACCAUCUGUAAUAAUAACACACUGUAUGGACCUUCUCACACCAUCUGUAAUAAUAACAACACACUGUAUGGAUCUUUUCACACCAUCUGUAAUAAUAACACACUGUACACUGUAUGGACCUUCUCUCACUAUCUGUAA